AUCGCCCAGGCCGGGUCUCGCCGUCUGAGUCUCGCGGUGCACUCGAACCUUUGCUGGGGUCGCUAUUGCAGAACCUGCCGCCGCCGCCGCUUCCUUUCCCUGCUGCGCCAUGGACAUCGUCAUCCAGCACCCCUGGCUCCGCCGCUCCAUGGGCUUAUCUUCGCUCUUCCCGCCUCGUCUCUUCGACCAGAGGUUCGGCGAGGGGCUGUUGGAGAGCGACCUGUUCUCGGCCACCCUCUGCCCCUAUUACAUGCGCUUCCCUUCCAUGCCCAGCAUGGCGGACUCGGGGCUGUCGGAGAUGAAGCUGGACAAGGAUAACUUCUCUGUAUUGCUGGAUGUCAAGCACUUUUCACCAGAAGAGAUACAUGUGAAGGUGGUGGGUGAUUACAUCGAAGUCCACGCCAAACACGAGGAACGUCCGGACGAACACGGCUACAUCUCCCGGGAGUUCCACCGUCGCUACACCAUCCCCAAGGGGGUUGAUCCGGCAGCUAUCACCUCUGCCUUGUCUCCAGAUGGGGUGCUCUCCAUCACCGGCCCCACUAAAACUGCAGUGGAACGGAACAUUCCCAUCACUCGCCAAGAGAAGCCAGCUGUCACUGGAAAAUAGAGAGAAGCAGCCUGGCCCAGAAUUUUUCGUAUUUCCCCCCACUAUUAGAUGCCAGCAUUGUGAGCUUGGACUCCCCUUGUUUGUUAUGUACAAGGUUGUUCACUCUUAAGCCUUGAGAGGAAGUGACCUUCCUUUCCUACUCUGCUAAUGGCUGCUGGGAUGCUGACAGCAAACACCCUGUUGUCCAAAAAUUUCAUUCCACCUGCUGGAGAAGAAGGCGCCAUUUUCUUCCUCUGGCUUUCUUCCUUUGCAGGCUUAACUCUGUACCACUCUUCAUAUUGUACUGACUUCCUUGUAUAAAUAUCCAUUUGCAAUAAAGUGCUUCUUUGCUUAAGAGCCAAA